UGCAUCCCCGACAGUGCGAUUUUUUCUUCAAAGUGUGUUUUAGUUUCUCUGUGCCUUCGGGAACCAAGAACGAGGAUAGUGAAGAGGACGAUCAAGAAGAUCAUGUUGACCGUCCUGAUCGCUGGAUUCUGCACGGUUGCAGUCACCGUCGCCCAGGACUACGAAGUCUCUGACAUUCAAUGCAGUGGUGCAGGAUCAGCAGCCGAUCUGCUCACUGCAAAGAUUAAAAGGCCGGUAAACUUCAGAGGGGCACCGCUCUUUGCCGACGACAGAUCCGCCAAUCCUCUCACCGAUAUUCAUUGCCAGAUCAGACCAGAUCCCAACGAUCCUCAGGAAGACAACUACUUCCUCAAGGUGACCGACUUCUCCAGAUGUGGCAUUCUAAAAAGAAACGGUUUCAUUCACCUGCGAAUAUGGUUCCCAGCAUUUCCAGGCGUGGUAAUGCUAGCUGACCAAGAACUAAUCCUGAUGUGUCGACCACCCGAGCCAACGUUAUUGAGACACAAAGCUGCAGGUUUCGCUGGCACAUUUCCGCAUGGCGCGAGAGUAUCCGGGGUGGUCGAAGAGACUCCAGGACGUUUGGAGUACGAGGUGGCUCUUUAUCGAGAAGCUACAGGCAAUAACACAUCGGAUUCGUCAGGAUCGCAAACCGUGGAUCAAGCAGUUCCUAUAGGGACGAAACUCCAGCUGAGAGCUCGAAUCAGUCCCGAUAGCGCGUGGGGUUACAUUAAACUGUUGGAAGUGACUGUUAGCCCUGAUCCUGAUCAACCUCACGCGCCAGGGAGCGUUGUGCUAGUCAAAGAUGGCUGUAGAAACCGAGACUUUGCUUCGAUAAUUCCUCAUCAACCAGCUCGAUAUCGAGAGAGGAAGAACGAGGUUUUUCUCGACUUCGAAGCCUUUCUUCUGAGCUCCAUGAGGGAACGAUCCACUUUAUGGAUACACUCGCAGAUUAAGGCCUGCAUGGAACCACAAGACUGCCAACCGGAUUUCUGUCUGGAUCUCUUCGAACCAUCAGGACAUGGGAAAAGAAGAAAAAGGACAUUGGAAGUGGCGAGUGAACACCUUUCAAAAGACAAGCGUUCUAUAAAAGAAUACAACGAUUCAACUCCCUUUACAAAAUUCAAAGAGAACAUCGAGUACACGGUAAUGAUGCCUAACGAUCUGUACCAGAAAGUUGCUGCUGGACUUGAAAACAGUUGCGGGAACUUUCUCUACGUGGCAACUGGUUUAGGUGUCCUUCUCGUUUUAUCAGCGCUUAUCAUGUGCUAUCUAGCUUCUCGUUUGCAUAAUUUGUCAUCGACGACAUCCCAGAACAAAUCAAUUGAUGAACUGAUAAGAGAUCGGGCUAGAAAGUACUCGGAAACAACGCCAGGAUACACUGGUCGAUCCACGGUACAAUAAUUAGAUCAAAUUGUUGCCAAUUAUCUUGCUUAAUUGGAUCCAUCAAUCCACAGAUUUUGUGUAACGAAAGCACGUUUUAUACAACCAAUUGCACGAACAACUAAUUUCUUCAUGUUUCUCAUGUUAAAUGUUUGCGACAUACAGUCAAGUUACUUCUUCUUCCCCUCAGCAUAACGUAAUUGUUAUUAACAAGUUUUUGUUAAACGUGCAGUGCUAUUACGUGACCUGAAAUAGUGCGUACAUUCAUUUAUAAUAAUAAUUCUAGAUUCAUUGUAGAAUAAUCAUUCGCACCCAGGUUUUUGGGGCUUAUUAGCUGCGUAAUUUAAACACCAUGUACAUAUACACACGAGAUAAAUUAUUAUUUAUUAUUUGUAAAUGAAAUGUCAUAGUCUAAUCGGGAACGAAAUUACCCAAUAGAUAUUAUUUAUUAGACUAUUUGAAAUUGUGUACACAACCGCGUGGAUUUGAUUGCAUUAGGAAUACCGAGUCACAAGUGGAAAAAUAAACCAAUUGACUGACUUCAUAACGUUUUAUAUCGUAUCAUGCUAUUACAUUCCCAUAAAUAUAAAUACAUAACGUGACGCACAAUAACACUGAAAUGGAAUUAAUCUGGUAUCGAAACACAUAGCGAACAAUUUCGGUAAUAAACGAAGCAAUCGGGUAUACGCAUGCAAACAAAUAAAAUUCUUUUCCAAUCUUUUUGUCGCUUCUCGUUCAGAAAAUAAUGCAACGCUACGUUACGAUACGUGGCACCUACGUUUUAUUCGAUAACAUUAACAGUAUACCUAUACAUAUUUUCCUUGUACAAUUGUUCGCUUGUAUUAAUUGCAUACGUAUGUUUAACGGUAACGAUUACAAGUAUUAUCCUUCGUUUGCACGAUAAAUGCAUACAGGUACUGCACGAUGAGCUUUGCUAUUAUAAAAAGAGUAUAAAUUUCAAGUUUCAAUAGAUACAUUUAUACAAAAUCAACAACGAUUGCUAAACGAUUUAAAUAAUUUGUUCAUCUUUUGCGAGAUCUUUAGACUAUGAGGUAUCAUUUAUGACUAUCGAUGUCGGGACAUCGUACUUUGUAAUAUACCAUAGUUUUAACUCUUGAGCGAUCGCAAAGGACUAUUACCAUUUUAUUCGUAUUCGUAGUGUUACGUUGAAUAGUUUAAGAUUAAAAGAAAAACUAAAUACUUCACUUAUUACAACUUCUAAAAAUACCCAAUAUUGUAAAUUAGGUAUUAAUAAAUAAAAUCACAAUACUCCAUUUCAGAAUUAAUAAUAUUUUACGUUUAAAGGUACAAUUUUUAUUUCGAGAUUUAUUUACACAUUUACUCGUUCCCUUUUAAUUUCUAUAUUUAUAUAAGAAAUCGAAUGACAUUUACGAAAAUCCCGAACUAAAAAAUGUACUCUUUGGUUUCAACUAUCUCGUCGAAUUAUAAUAGUUACAAAUUGAUGCAGGUUAAUCUAAUAAUAAAAUAAUACAAAACUGCCAGAGUUAGUCGUCUAGAAUUUUUCAUUAUUUGCACAACAAUAAAACCGGUGUAAAAAGUUCAUAAACUAUACAAGUAAAAUAAUAUAUGUCUUUGUAAAAAUGCAACGUGCGUAUGACGAUAAAAGCAUUUCAACGUUUAGGUCGUCUUUUCCUGUUUUUUAUACAGAUACCUACAUCUAUGCGUAAGAAAAUUAUUGAAGAAAAACAAA